AUGGCUCAUAAAGGUGGUAUUGAAGCCUUAAACAGAUCACUGAGGGAUAUAAGGGGUAAUACAAAAUUAAUGGGUGGUGUAACAAUUUUGCUGGCCGGAGACUUUCGGCAGACCCUACCAGUGGUGCCAAAAGGAACCAGAGCUGACGAAGUGAAGUCGUGCAUUAGGAAAUCUAAUUUGUGGCCCCAGGUUAAUAUUCUAAAGCUCUCUAAAAAUAUGAGAGCACAUUUGGGCGGGGAUGAGUCUGCUGGUAGAUUUUCAGAUCUCCUUCUUAAAAUCGGUAAUGGUGAUUUUCCAUCGUUUGAUGGAAUGAUAACCAUCCCGGAAGAAUUGUGCACAGUUGUUACUUCGGUUCAAAAAUUGCUGUCUAAAGUUUAUCCAGACAUUAUUCAUAUACAUGACAAGCUUAUUGAAUGGUUAUGUGAGCGUGCCAUACUUACUCCAAAGAACGAUCAAGGAGCAGCUGUCAACGAUAUCCUGCUCAUGUCGUUUGAGGGCGAAGAAAAGGUUUAUACUUCGAUUGAUACUGUGGUUAUUACCGCUACUAAUUACCCUGUAGAAUUUUUAAAUUCAUUGCAACUGCCAGGUUUGCCUUGUCAUAAACAACAUAAUUGGACACUCCAAUUAUGUUGUUGCGGAAUUUUAAACCACCAAAACUUUGUAACGGUACAAGCCUGCAAGUGA